GGGAUAAGCUACCCAACUGGGGGGAGGGGUAGGAAAGGCCUAGAGAUUGGUAGCAGUAGCAAGACAGACGGGAAGGACAGGGGUUCUAACCCCUCAACUUUUUUCUUGGGACAGUCUCUAAAAGGCAAGGGCCACAGGCUGAGCUAAACGAUGGGUGGUGAGGAAGAGGUUCAGGUCACGCUGUCAGGGGGAGCUCCCUGGGGCUUCCGACUACAAGGAGGUGCUGAGCAGAGGAAACCUUUGCAGGUGUCCAAGAUUCGAAGGAGAAGUCAGGCAGGCCGAGCAGGGCUUAGAGAACAGGACCAGCUGUUGUCUAUCAACGGAGCAGCUUGCACGGGUCUUUCCCAUGCCAGCGCCAUGAACCUCAUCGAUGCUUCAGGGGCCCAGCUCAUCCUUACCGUGCGGAGGGUAGGAGAUGUAGCGCCUGUGCGUUCUCCAUCCCCUGGUGAGCUUCGGGUGCUGUCCCCUUUAUCCCCACUGAGUCCUGAGCCCCCCGGGACUGCAGCGCCUCAGCCUCUACAGCCCGGAAGCCUCCGAUCACCCCCAGACAGUGAGGCAUAUUAUGGGGAAACAGACAGUGAUGUGGAUGGCUCUGCCACCCAGGAGAAGCCCCGUCGUCCCCGUCGCCGAGGUCCCACCAGGCCCACACCUCCAGGGGCCCCACCGGAAGAGGUGUCUUUAUCUGACAGCCCUGCAGAGCCUGCCCCAGCCUCUCUGGAGUCCCCAGCUCUGGGAGGCAGCCGUGUGAGCUCUCCAUCCUGGGAAGAUGGGACAUCUAUUCAACCGACUCCAGCUGAAGCUCUGUUAUUACCUCAUGGCCCGCUCCAACCUGGGCCCCAUCUCAUCCCCAUGGUGGGGCCUGUGCCUCACCCAGUGGCUGAUGAUCUCACCACCAGUUACACCCAGAAAGCCAAGCAAGCCAAACUACAGCGCACAGAAAGCGUCCAAGAGAAGAACAUAAAGGAGGCCAAGACCAAAUGCCGGACGAUUGCAUCCCUGCUGACAGCUGCGCCCAACCCCCACUCCAAGGGUGUGCUUAUGUUUAAGAAGAGGAGGCAACGGGCCAAGAAGUACACCCUGGUCAGCUUUGGGGCUGCAGCAGGAGAGGGAGCUGGGGCGGGGGGGUGAGGAGAAGAGGAAGACGGCAUCCCCCCGACCAGUGAGUCUGAGCUAGAGGAGGAGACCUUCUCUGAUGCUCGAAGCCUCACUAACCAGUCAGACUGGGAUAGCCCCUAUCUGGACAUGGAACUGGCCCGUUCAAGUUCAGGCACAGCAGAAGGGCAGGGACCAGGGCCAGGGGGUGGCCUCACUGAAGCUUCAGGGAAAGGGGCACGGCUUUUUGAGCAGCAACGGCAGCGGGCAGCCUCUAGCUCCCUGGAACAACCUCGUGAUACCCCCCCAUCCCUGAUGAAUGGGAGGGGCCCUCCCCCCCCACGGCCCCAGAGCACCCCCCCAGAGGUAGCCUUGUUACCCCCCAGCCCAAUGCCACCCCCUGCCACCAGUCCCAUUCCUUUAGCCCCUGGGGGAGGAGCCCCUCCCCCAGCUGCAGGCAUUUUCAAUCGGUCAGCAAGGCCAUUCACUCCAGGAUUCCAAGGGCAGCGCCCAGUUACCACUUCAGUUGUUUUCCGUCCCCUCGCCCCAAAGAAGGCAAAUGAAAGCCUCAGGAGUCCCAGUCCUGUUCUUCCCCCCUUCUUGUCAUCACCCCAGGGUCCCAGCUUACUCCCCAGCUUCUCUACCCCAAAGGAUCCUGGAAAGAUACCAGUCUCUGUCUCCACCAAUGCCCAGGGCUCCUCAGGCCCAGUGACAGCUACCACCUCCUUAUAUAUCCCUGCCCCAAAUAGGCCCAUUACACCAGGAGGUCCCCCUGACUCUCAGGCCUCUCACAACACAGCCAUGACCUCUACUGCUUCCAUCUUCCUGUCUUCUCCCCUGAGGCCUACUGGACUCCCCAUGGCAUUCAAUGCAAGUAACCCUGCCCCUGAGGCUCCCAGUACCCGGGAGCAGAGAAUAUCUGUGCCAGCUCCCCGCACAGGCAUCCUGCAGGAGGCACGGCGCCGAGGAGGGCGUAAACAAAUGUUCCGUGGAGGGAAUGAAGAGAAAAAGAAUUCGCCCAACCCUGAGCUGCUGUCAUUGGUACAGAACUUGGAUGAGAAACCUAGGGCAGGAGGGACUGAGUCUGGUCCUGAAGAGGAUGCCCUGAGCCUAGGGGCUGAAGCCUGCAACUUCAUGCAACCUACAGGCGGCAGAAGUUUUAAGACCCCACCCCCUGUGACACCUAAGACCCCACCCCCUAUGGCACCUAAGACCCCACCCCCUGUGGCACCCAAGCCUGCACCCCAGGGUCUUCCUGAUGGUCUGGUGAAUGGGACUGUCCCUUCCACAGGUGUCCUCCCUGAACCACCUAGGCUACAGGGCCGAGGUGGAGAGCUAUUUGCUAAGAGGCAGAGCCGGGUAGAUAGGUAUGUAGUGGAAACCACACCUGGUCCUGGUCCUGGUCCUGGCCCAAUCUUUAGCUCCCGACCCCGAAGCCCCUCUCCUACCCCUUCAUUGCCUCCUUCAUGGAAAUACUCCCCCAAUAUCCGUGCCCCACCUCCCAUUGCCUACAAUCCACUGCUUUCUCCAUUUUUCCCACUGGCUGCCCGGACCCUUCCCAGCCGAACGCAGCCUCAGGGAUCCCGAACAACCCCAAAGACAGGCAUCAAGGCCAUCGACUUCAUGAGGCACCAGCCCUACCAACUCAAAGCUGCCAUGUUCUGCUUUGAUGAGAUUCCUCCAACCCCUAGUCCUAUUCCCCCAGGGUCUUCUAAGACCGCUAGAGUCCACGAGAUACGUCGAUUCUCUACACCAGCUCCCCAACCCACUUCUGAGCCCCUGGCCCCAACUGUGCUCACUCCCAGAGCAGCCACUUCACUGGAUGAGCCCAUCUGGAGAGUAGAGAUGCCCCCAGCUCCUAUUAAUGCCUCUAGCCCAGCUCCAACUCCAGAGUCUGCUCGAGGUCUCAGAGCCUCCCCUGGCUCCUGUAGCUUCCAGGUGGCCAGACCCCGGUUCUCAGCUGCCAGCUCUGGAUUGCAGGCACAUGUGUGGAGGCCUGGAGCAGGCCAUCAGUGAAUUGGGCCCAGCCAAGGGAGCCAGAAAAUAGAGCACAUAGCAAGGUCUCAGAGCUGUUUCUGCCACCCCGAAUCCUCCUCUCUAGAUACCUGGAGAAAGUUCCCCUGCCAGGGUAGGCUUGGUACUUCCUUUCCUGGUACUUUCUAUCUGUCUAGCUUUCUCUGCUUUGAUAUCUCUCACCUCUUUUUUUUUUCCCCAGCUUGUGUGUCUCUGGCCAUCUCUCUGCCUUUUUCUCCCUACUUAUUUUUAUUGUGUCCAUCUAUUUGUGUCUCUCUUCUUUGAUGCUUUGCUUCUUUCUGUUGGCCUCCUUUUACAAGUAGUGAGUUGACUGAACUCAAAUGCAAAGAGAAGGCACUGCUCUUGUAGCCUUAGGCCUGGGUAACUGAUGAGAGAAGAAACCUGCUGCCUAGCAGGUAGUAGAGAGACCAGGUUCUGGUCCUUGUUUGUUCUGGGCCCCUCCUUUCUCCUCUUCCCCAAACCUGGCUCAUACCUGGGGCCAGUGUGUUUGUGUGUACCUAAGGUAAGGAGGAAUAGGGAGGCAAGUUCCAAGCUGGGUUCUACCCACUGCUCUAAGGUCAUGUAUAAAAAAAAAGCCUUUUUUGUUAAAGAGAAGCUGAGAGAUCAUUUGUUUAUCUCUCACAGGUGAUCUGUAUAGUACCCUACAAAACUGAGAGACACGUUUUUUGGAAUAAGGAUACCUGUUCAGAUGGCUUUCUCAUCCCUAAAACCUUUUCUCCUCCCAGUAUAUACUCCUAGCCUUCCUUAGAUCUCAGUCAAACACUCUUGCUACUGGGGAGUGGGUGGGUGAAGGGUUGGGUAUAGGAGUAAAGAAACUGAUGACCCAGGGCAACUUUGGAGAGGGAAGAGAGGUAAAAGAAGAUAGAAUAAGUUUGUUUGGAGUGAAGACAGAUUCCUCAGCAUGGGAGGAGAGUGGGAAUCUCCAAGGGGCUAUGUUAAUGUGACCUGAGUAGUGGGUUGUAAAGAAUGGAAAACUUCCUCUGAGCAGGGAUGAACCAUUGGCUUCUUGACCUCACGGAUCUAAGUCAGAAAGGAGCUGCUGCUCUAGGACAUGGUGCUUGGAACAGAAACUGAGGGCAAAAGAGAAGCUGGCAUGACUAGGUCAGAGUGAGGCAAAGUGCUUGAGUGUGAGAAUGGGUGUUGGCAGAAUGAAAGUGGGUAAAGACAGAUUGUUUGGGAGAGGGGAAGUAUGACAGAACUUUAGAGACAGGAGUUGUUAGCAGAGUGAAGGAGGGAUGACAGUAGAGUGUAUAUUGGUAAAGUACAACAAUAAUAAUAGCUAACAUUUGUACAGAACUUACAAUGUAUCAGGCACUGAUUACAAUUAUCUCGUUUGAGCCUCAGAGUCCUGGGAGGCAGGUGCUAUUAUUGUCCCCAUUUUACAGAUGAGAAAACAGGCAAAUAGCAGUUAAGUGAGUUGCCC